AUGAAUCAGAUGCUUGACUACUUCAAGUUUGGUCAAGCUAAUGUACUAACUAAUUUGUUUUCUUUUGAAGGGUAUUUAAGAUCUAAAUUAACCACGCAGUCUCAGGAAGAAGAAAAGGGAAACAAAAGGAUCUAA